AUGUCGUCGUUCUACGAUGACAUGGAGAAGAUGAAAAUCGAGGAUUUCCUUGGCAGAAUUCAACACUUCAGAAGCUACAGCAAAGGAAGUGAUUCUGGUGCACAUUGCUCAGAUUGCACCUGGACCUUAUCCAAGUUGAAUGUGAUGUACAAAAAGACUGCAGAAUACGCAAAAAUGAGAACUACUGACGAUGACGUCAUCGAGUGGAAUACACUGAUUCUGGAGGCUCUUGAUAUGCCGGAUGAGUCUCAAACAAUCAAAGGUCCGUCGCCAGCAAAGAAGCCAAGAGUCGCCCCAACUACUUGUAUUGCUACUGAUACUCAGAAAUUGCCGGAUGCUGUGAGCAAUAGAAUCGAUGCGAUGAUCAGAGAAAUUCAAGGAUAUGGCGAUGAUCUUACCGAAGAAGAUAUUUUCGGUUCUCCGGACGAAGAGGAUCAGGAGGAGGAGGAAGAUGAAGAUGAAGAGGAAGACGCCAGUGGGGUCGAAGUUGAUGGAGAAGAAACUGUUGUCAAGGAUUCGGAGCAGGGAGAUGAGAACGACAACAAAAAAGAACUGGAGAAGGAAGAGAAAUAA